UGCUGAAAUUUUUAUUUAUUUUAGAACCAAAGUAAAAAAAAGGGAAUCUCCUUUCUUUUUUUAUUUUAUUUUGUUAUUGCAAGAGUGAGCUGUUAAAGAUUGCCGUUCAUUUCUUCUUUGUCUCCUUUAUGAUCUGAAAGGUUCACUUUCUUGUCUGUGGACUGUGGGGGCAAAAUUUUCCCUUCUUUUUAACACUUUUUGUGUAGGCUUGAUGUUAGGGUUUUAGAAACCAGAAGUUAAGUUUCUGUAGGUGAGUAACAUUACGGGCGUUGUGGUUCGGAUUUCUUUUUUUUUUUUCUUUUGAUUCGUGUGUUCUUCUUCUGUCUGUGUAUGGAGGAAUGCUGCAAAUGACGGGAACUUCUUUUGCUUUAACCCCCCGCUUGCCUCCAUAAAGCUGCCAAGAUUAUUUGUUCCUUGUUUAGUUCUGCAAGAAAUUACAGCUAGUAUUAGUUAGUCAAACGAACCUUGGCUUUGGUUUGAAGACUUCUUAUUUAAGUUAUCUAGCCAAUUUUACUUGCAUUGCCUGGUUCGGGGACUGUGAAUUGGAGGUUCCUUACUUCCUCUCCUUUCGGAUUGGACGAAUUCUCGAUAGAUUUUGGGGAAUCUAGUUUACCUUGUCGUUUGUUGGACAUGGAUGCCAAGGAUAAUGGCGAUUUGGGGUUUCGACGGAGAGGUGGUGGUGGUGGUGGGAGUGGGAGCAUUUUCAAUUGUCUUCCUUCGGGGAUGUAUGCUACUCAGCAGCAGUCUGAGAAUGUUGAUGGAAUACCAACGACUUCGAUGCCCAUCUCCAUCAGCAAAUCCUCCGAUGUGGUGGACUCAUUCUUGGGUUCUGGGUGGGAUCCGUUUGUUUCGCAGGCACAGAAUGUCGAAUUCAAAGUUUCUUCAGCGGCUUCUUCCCAUUCCAGUCAGAUUUCUUCUUCUCCUUACUCCGUUGGUUUUCUGGAAACUCAGGGAGUCAGUGGCAGCUCCCACUUUGGUCGGUAUCCAUCAGAUCAUCAUAGUCUUGUCGGCCUCACACACUAUGGCAGUGGGAGCUUCUCAGAGAUGGUUACUCCCUUUGCCCUGACUGAGGAUGAUGCCCAGAUAGUUAACAGAGAGGGCGGCACCGAUAAAACCUCAGUGACUUCAAGGAAUGGCUCUACUUUUCCAGAAGAUCAUCACCGUAUUAUGGAUGAGGGUGCUGGGCGCUCUUCGCCCAGUGGGAAGAAAAGGAGAAGGGGACCUGAGACCCAACCUAAAUUGGAUUCCGCUCAGGGUAUAGAAGCUGAGGGGAAGAAGGAUGUUUCGGAGGAGAUGUCUGAAGGUUCCAAAGAGCAGGAUGAGAAGAAACAGAUGACUGAACAGAGCCCAGGUGCAAAUUUGCCUGAUAAGCCAACCGGUAAACAGGGUAAAGACCGUUGCCAGAAAGAAGAAGGUCCAAAAGAAGAGUACAUUCAUGUCCGAGCUAGACGAGGCCAAGCCACCAAUAGUCACAGCCUUGCUGAGAGGGUGAGAAGAGAAAAGAUUAGCGAAAGGAUGAGGUUUCUACAAGAUCUCGUUCCAGGAUGCAACAAGAUUACUGGUAAAGCGGUAAUGCUUGAUGAGAUUAUCAACUAUGUGCAAGCGCUGCAACGGCAGGUCGAGUUUCUGUCAAUGAAACUUGCCACUGUCAACCCAGAGCUCAAUAUUGACAUAGAUAGGACUCUAUCCAAAGAUAUUCAAGGUGGAGGUUCAGCUGUUCUUGGAUUCAGUCCAGGAAUGAGCUCUCCUCUUCCCCACCCACAAAUAGCUCCACAGGGAGCCUUGCCAACCGUUCAGAAUGUGAACCCCCAGUUGCACUCUAUGCUUCAGGUACCAAAUGUAUGGGAUGACGAGGUUCAAAGAGCCAUACAGUUGGGAUUUGUCUCCAAUCAAAAUCUUGACAGUUUGGGCAGAAUGGUUUCAUGAAGGUAGAGCUAUAGAUGUUUCUUCCCAAAAGGCACAUCCCUUCUAACAGAAGUCCUUCAAUGGGCCAGCUAAUUGAGCAUUUCAUUUCUCUCUCUUUUAUUUAAAAAAAAUUUCUUUUAAAGAUCUAGCAUAAUUAAGAAAACGGGGGCGUAUAGAACUCUUCUGAAGCUGUAUAGUCCAGCUCCUACCGUUUGUUCUUCGAAUUUUAGUAGAAGAAGGUGACUUUGAUUGGCUCAAACACUGUGUAUAGCAGUAAAGCAUAGUUGACUGAGUGAGAGAAGAUUUUUUUUGUGUUUGUUACAGAAGAGAUUGUGCAUGUAAGAAGCACUUUUGUAUUUAAGGAGGAGCUGUAACUGAAAGAUUGUUUAUAGGGUGCAUGAAGUUGGGAAAGAUGGGACUUAGCUGUCUUUCAUUUUUUUUCUUCUCUUUUAUGCUAAUUGGACUGAAGCUUUCUGAUUGAGCCAAGGGAUUGAUUUGAAUGGAAUAAAUAUUCCGUGUCCUGAAAUACCAA